UAAGGAGAGGAAGAUGUUCUGUAAUCCAUCUAGACCAAGAGGACAGACCACCAAUGUGCCAUCUAUAUGCCAGGGCAAUCCACCAUGUUAAGUGCCACCAACAGAACAAGGAGCGACUCUCGCAUCUCCCUGUGGAUGGCAGCAUAGAGGUGCAGCAUGGCUGUGAAGAGAGCAUUCCAUUAACUGCACAAAAACAAAAUUAGCAGCUCCGUCGGCCUUUCGUGCCACCGUAACAAACAAAUGAAUCAGUGAAGCGCUUUACACAACAGCUGAUACUAGGAAACCACGCGGCAACGCAAUUGUAAACUAAAACAUGUCAGCAUUAGCAAAUCAAGAUAAUGAAGAAAGUAAAGUAAGAAAUCGCAGGGAAAAUGAAAAACCACUCAACUUUCUUGCCAAGAUAGCUCUGGGCUGCCAACAGAUGAGAGUCCAAUCUGACAAAGGGAAGGAACAGGAAGUGAAAGGGCUCUCAGACUAUACUGAUAAGUACUUUGAUGACUCAGAGGAGUUCACAACUGAUAAAUGUGGAAAUUCCAGUAGAGAUGAUACUGAUCUGAGCUACCUGUUGGAAAGUAUUUGCUCCAUGAAUGAUUCUCAUAAUGCAGUCAACAAAAUGCAUCUGUUAGCAUCUUUAGCCAACAUGUGUAUGCAAAGACCUGAGCUGUAUGAAACCAUAGGUUCCAGCCCACUGGUUUACUACGCAGAAAGUUUAUUACUAACAUACACUGAAGCACUCUAUAUGCGCAACAGUUAUACACGAGGAAUAAUUAUAGCAGGCCCAUCAAGUUCAGAGCUUAUCCUUCUUAUUCCUGUCCUCAAACUUCUGGCUUCUUCUGCCAACAUGGCUGUUCAAAAAAUCCGAGCCAUCUUUCUGUAUCAGUCAGAAGUACUGCUGCAACUGAUGCGAGCCUCAAAUCAAUGCAGCUACAAUGCCAUUUCAACACAUAAUAAGUUGCAUGAUGCAGUUUCAGGCAAGGUGCUUGCUGGUGCUAUUUUAGAAAUGUCUAGUUUGGAUACAUUGACAUUAUUUGCAAAAUGUUUUGGAAUAGAUGCAGUAUCACUUAACCUGAAGUUGCUGGGUUAUUAUACUAUUUUGUAUGACACAAGUGGUACAAAUGAAAUUAACAUUAAUCUGAAGAUUAUUAGGAAUCAAUCUCCAAGUGGUAAAAAAUACACACAGUCACUUGCAAGCAGCUCUGAUCAUAAUCCCAUUUUGGAUUCUUGUGAGAGUAUUGAUAAUGUAAAUUGGAGUGACAUAAUUGUUGCACGAAUUCUGCUGUUAAAAGUUGUCUUGGUAUACAUGAAGGAUGACUGGAAGGAGCAUUUGGCUCACAUCAGUAGCCAAGUGCAAAAGCACUUGAGAACAGAGGAUGCAGUAUUACAGAAGCCACAAAUUGGAGCUGUUUAUGGCUUCUGGAGCUCAGAUGCAACAUUUGAGGGAGAGGCAUUACUUAUGGUGCCGUGCCUCCGUGGUCAAGUGAUGACUGUGACGGGUGAAUGGGUAAUGUUCUGGUCAGUUGAUAUUGGCCUGCUUGGUUACAUUCCAAAGGCCAAAGUUUAUUGCCUGCCUGAAAACAUUGCAUCACAAGCUCCUCUAAUUAGCAUCUGCCUGCUGCGAGGACCAGUAUGUGAAAUGGAUGAGGUGUUUCUGGAAAGUGCAUACCAACUGCUGCAAAUAAUACUAGAGACCAAUACUCAGACUGGCAAGCACAUGCUCCUUUGUGGAUCAGGGGAACACAUCUUGUCUCUCUUUGAGUAUCCAGAAGCAAUAAUCCGGGUUGCAUUUCUGGAUCUACUUCUGUGUCUUGCAAAGAACUCCAGAGAUGUUGUCGAGUUUCUGGUGAACCAUCAAUUUGAUGUGACCCUUCUUGGCAAGUUGGAGCGCUAUGUCCACAUUUACACAGCAGAUCUCUGUAGUUGUACAGAAUUGAUGGAAAAAGAGAUAAAGCAGAUGGUGAUGAUACUCCAGGCCAUACUAGAGCAGAAGGAAGAUGUGAGAAACUCGUCUGACAAUAGAAGGACUUCAAGAGUACUCCAGAUGUUCCUUUGUAACAAGAAAUGUCUCUGGAAACAGUUGAUGGAGAGAUGUGUAUCUCUUUUAGGUGGCAAAUCUACAAAAACACCAUACAACUAUAGAGAAAGUUUCAGAUAUGGCCAGCAGCAGACAUACAGACAUGACUGGGGAAGGCAGCAUGAAAGGCAUCAUGGGACAUAUCUCCAUCAUAGCAGAUCAGAAAUGGGUGACAAGAAAGCGAUGAGGUAUAGGGACAGGAUGAGAGUCAGUGAUCAAAGUGGUUUUAGCUGUGGUGAAAGGAGGCUGCUUAAACAUGACAGGGAUUCAAAACAGGAAUAUAGGAAUGAAUCUCAUUUCACACACCAACAGUCAAGCAUGCAGAAACAUUUGGAACAGUCUCUUCAUGAAAUGUGUAAAAUCAGCCCCACCAGUGAACUGGGGGAAAAGCAACAGGCUAACCCAAAGGAGGACAACCCUAAGAGUAGGCUGGAAACACAAACCAAGGCUGAGCCAGAGAGAACGAGAACUGAAACAUUGGGCAAACAGCAGAAAGAAAAUGGAGAUUAUUUUCAUAUGGGCAAGGCAAGCACCAAAACUGACUCAGAACCAGCAGCAGACAGGUUGUUAAUGUCCAGGUGUGGUGGUGAUGGUAAGACAAAAAUACAUCACGGAGGUCAGCCGAGAGAGACUACUUUUCGAUUGUCUAAGUUUAAUACACUAAAGCCUCCAACUUCAGUCCAGAACUGUGUGGCAGCAACAUAUCAUGAUCUCAUUGUGUGCAGUAAUGUUCCUUCUCCAGAGGGUGACACAGAACGAGUGACAAAACAAAUAGAGGAAGUGAGUUUUGACUCAGAAACUGAUUAUGUGAUAUAUGGAACUAAAGCAGCUGUGAAACCUGACAGGACUCAUGAUCUGGUCCUAGACAAGAAACUGUGGGAAAUGAAGGAGGUCCUGCUUGCACAGAGAUUGUGUGGCCUGUUGAAUAACAAUAUAGAAGGCAGCAUGUUCUUUGGGCUGUCCAUAGAUUCAAUCAUUGAAGGUGUGAGACUUCAACGUAAGGAUAAGGAUGUGUUCAGGAAUGGGAUAGACAGAAUCAUGAACCGAUGUCUGAUACCAGAAGUGCGAGCCAACUCCUAUGACAUUGUGUUCACUCCUGUUCUGCGACAAGAUGAGAUGGUGGUAGAUCUCACACAGCAUGGGCUUUACAUUAUUGAAAUACGAGUUCGUCCCAUGGUGCACAUAGUGUAUAUGGUGUACCAAGGUCACAAGUGUUUCAUGCGGCAGGAAGCAGAAACAGUUGAGUGCACUGCCCAGCAGAAAAAGCAAGAAAUGAUGGACGCUGAAGACAGGGCUCUUAAAGGAUCUAUAAAAGAGAUGGGGGCAAUUGCAUUGACUGACCUUGCUUCUUUGGCAGAAUUUGUCAACACAUAUCUUCCACAUUAAUAACAUGUCUUGACUGGCCUGUUAACAGUCAGCUCCUAGUUAUAUAUGGCACUGAGAUGCUCGAAGAGACCUCAUAUAUGGCUGUGAGCUAUUUCAAUGGCAAACAGGUUGAAGGGUAUAUUCUCCACAAGGGAAUGAUGCUUUUAAAUCCCCUGUGUGACGCUGAAUAUCAUGCAAUUAAUGUGACAAUAAGGUCAAUUUAGAGGUAUGAAUAAGAGAAAUGUGUUGCAGUCUCCUGAAUAUAGUUGCUUACUUCCCAUAUUAUAUUAUCUUCUGUUUUUCUUUUAAGUUUUUUUGCAGUUUCUGAGUUUUACCAUGUUGUUAAAAGUUUAUAAUAUACUGUUUAUAAAAAAUGUAUGCUACAAAAACCAAGAUAACUGGCUUUGAGUUUAGCAAAACGGUAUGAAGUCUUAGUUCACUUCCAUUCCUUCCAGACUUACAUAUUAUCAUUUCUCAGAGUCUGGAACUUGCUUGUGCCAUUUGUUAAUCCCAACACUAAAAGAUUACUUUGACAGAAAAGACUGGUAAAGAAAGCAAAUUAGAAAUCACUAAAACUGUCAGCCCCAACGCACUUUUGCAUUGUGAUGGGAACUGUGGUAGCUCACUGAGUAUACUGACAGACAUUCCUGAGGACUAGAAGUAUUUUUAUUUUAUUAUCACAUCCAGAACUCAUGGCAGGCCAGAAAAGACCUCUUAUUUCAGCAAUGAUAUGUGCCCUUUUCAGAUUAAAUAGUCAAGGGAAGAAGAGUGAGACCUUUUAGAGUCAUAUGCUGGAUGUUUCUAUUCAGCGUGGCAUACACAAAUGAUUAUUCUGCCACUUUCUUCAAACAAUAUUCUUCAACAAAUAUUACAUUGAAAUCCUAAUUCAGUGUUCUUGAAUAUAGUGUAUAUUUUUUUUAGUCCUCUCAGAAGCCCAGUGUAUGUACUGUAUUAUUUUCUUGUAUGUAACAAGUUCGUAUUUAUUAAAUAAUCCUCAUUUAUUGUAA